AUGCCAACCAUACCUAAAACCCAAGAACGUGCUAAGAAGAGUGGAGAUGCAAACAACCGAAUUGGCGAGAAGACCGAUGUGAGCAAGGGAUCUAAGGUCGGGAAAGCAUCGGAUUCAACUGAUAAAAUCCCAAGAUCAUCGAAUGGAAAGUGGGAUGAUGGUGUGAAAACUAUGAGACGAGUUCAAAAGAAGGACGAUGCGGAUGAUAGAAAGGCUAAUGGGGUGCAAGGCGUGUUAGCUAAUGCAGCUAAAAAUGUGGUGGACCCCAAGAAACAGGGAGGAAAACAUGGGCUGUUGAGAUGA